UGCUUCAGUCUAACAGCAGCAAGCGGUGCGAACAGAUCGUUGUGGGUUAUACUCGAAUAAACACUCAACAAGAAUACGCGUUUAGACAACAACAAAACCUGGAUUAAUUAACAAACCUAGAAUAAUCGCUUUUUUAAAAGAAAAAACACUUUGCUGCUUCAAAACAAACAAAUUCAAACAGAUCGACGAUGUGAACGAAUCUCUAUAGUGGACAAAGCUAAUUUUUUGUAACAUCUGUUGUAAUUAGCAUUUUAUUCAAUCGUUCGUUUCCAAAAUGAAAUAAAACAAAAACGACGAAAUGUUGAUUUAUGAUAAAAUCAAUGGCGACAAUGUGUGUUUGUGUUUGAAAAAAAAAAUGUCGAUCGAUCAAUAAAAUCUAAUUAGCAAAUGAUAAUUUCAAUUUUCAUACAAUAUCACACCUCAUUCAGUAGUUUACUUAUUUGCAAUUUUAUCAGAAUCGCAAUUUAAAUCAACAUUUGCGCAAUGAUCGGUAAAUAAAAGCCAAACCAAGAAACAAAAUUCGGUCAAUUUUUUUUAUUAUACGCCAUUGUUUUAACUUGAUGUGCACAUAUUUACUAAAGGUUGUGAUUUGUUUGUUGAAUAAUUCUGUUGAAUCGAAAAAGUCAAUAUUCGAAAACUAUAACACAUUGGACAUAAGUAGCAGUGGAAUUCAGUUCGACUUGAAUUCUCAAUAACGUUGUGAUCAGAUAAGAAAGUAGUGUGCAUUUCGCUAAAUUAAACAUUCGAAAAGUUUACUUGAACAAUUUUUCUCAUGGCAACGGCUCCGUCAACGCUUCGUCCACUUCCGCGUGUUGAUCCGGUUACAAAGGUGUUGGGUAAUUUUGGCAAGUUUCAACUCAGUGCUAUGUUAAUCAUUUUCCUAUGUAAGAUACCGACGUCAUGGUUCAUGGCCAUUAUCAUUUUCACUGCGCCAGCACCAAAUGCGGGUGACUUUUUUUGCACACCCCCCGAAUCCUUACCAAUCGAAUAUCAAUCUGAUUGGAUAGCUCGAGCACAUCCACAUAAAUUAGAUAAGCACAAUCGUACUUUCGUUGAUUAUUGCGAAGUAUUUACUGAAUUGUGGAAUAGUCCGUUGGAGUAUUUUAAUACACCGAACCAAACGAGUUUAAUCGAAACGAAAAACUUUACUACAAUGAAAUGCACACAUUUUACAUUUAAACCCGAAUAUCAUUCGCUAGUGGCGGAUUUCAAACUCAUUUGCGGCCGAGAAUUACUGCUGCCACUUUCACAGUGCUUUCAUAUUUUUGGAUUACUAGUUGGCGGUAUCGUUGCCUAUUUUUUACUGAAACAUAUAAGCCCGAAAAAUCUGAUGAUUAUAGGAGUUUCGGCACAGAUCAUUUUCGGCAAUUUAAUUGGCUUCAUUCGCACCUAUGAAUUUCAUAUUCUUCUUCGGGCACUUACAGCCGCAUCAUGCGCGCUCAUGUAUAAUUCUGGAUCAGUCAUUUUUACUGACAUCACAAAUGGACCGGCGAAAACAAUUACAUUGCUUGUAUUUGAAUUCUUUUGGUCAAUUGGAUUGAUCAUUCUACCCAUAUUCAAUGUGUUCAUCGAAGAAUGGUCAAAACUGUAUAUUGCUAUCUCGAUGCCAACCAUUGCAUUGAUUUUUUUGAUAAAGUAUCUACCCGAUUCUCCGAGAUGGAUGCUUCGUAAAAAUCGUAUUGAUGAAGCUAGACAAAUUCUGAUUGAGGGUGGAAAUAAAAACAAACGUCGUGUACCAAUAAAUUUGGAAGAAUUACUAAAGUCGGAAUUCAACACAGGUGCUGCAAAUCCACCGCAGGCCAAUUGGUCUUCGUUAUGGGAUGGAAAACCAUCUCGAAUUUAUAUAUUGGCUUUACAUUACGCGUGGUCGGUGUACGUGCUAAAUUUUAAUUGUGUCGUUCUGAACAUUCGUGCAUUUGGUCGUGAUCAUCUUUCUAUAAACACUGUUGCAAUUGCUUUAAGUGAAAUUUUUGGCGUAUUUAUUGGAAUUUAUAUAGUUUUAUAUACGUCAAGACGAUGGCUUUGGAGUGGUUUGGCGGGAAUUUGUAGUGGUUGUUUAUCAUAUCUAACUUGGUUCAUUCCACAGACAUUGAAAGAAACUCAUGUCGUUGCUUUAGAAAUGGCUCCAACGUUGGCAAUCAAAACAACUGUUUCGAUUGGGAUGUGUGUACUAACGGUUUGCACAGUGGAAUUGGUUUGUGCUGAACGAAGAAAGAUUCUUAUGUUUUCUGCGAAUUCUUGGGCUCGGGGCUGGUUUCUAUGGGCACCAUUUAUAUUUAUGUUGCGAACAUAUGAUGUUGUUUUGCCAUUGACCGUUUUCGGUGCAUUAAACGUUAUCGGCGGUUUAUUAAUGGUUGUGGUUCAUCAAAAUCAAUACAAAGCAUAUUUGGAAGAUUGCGAACAACGUAUGCAAGCUAUGCAAAAAGCAGUGCGAACCAUUUCAAAUGCCGGCUUGGACUGGAUCAAGAGCGUACGAAGGAGUUCUGUUUACGAUAUCGAAGAAGUGCGGAGAAAAUCUAUUUACGAUGCUGAAGAAAAAACCUGCUAUGAUCAAAGUCCAAACAGACAAUAACGAAUGAACGAAAGGGGUUUCUUCUUUUAUUUAGAAUUGAAAAUGUUUUCUUGAUUAGUUUAAUUAAAUGAAUAUAUAUACUUAUAUUUGCAAUUAUAUUUAUUUUUCGAAAGCUGCUGGUCAGCUUUCAAAUCAAUG